AUGGAGGAGUUUACGGGUGACGGUUCCUCGCCUUCUUCUUCGGCGGCACCUCCCCAGAGGAGACUGACGGUGACCCAGCGGGAUCAGAUCGCCGUUGAGAGGAACGUUUUUGGGAUAUUGCGGUCCCUGGUCGACGCAUCGGUUCAAACGCAGGAAAUCAUGUAAUUCCUGUGCCCACUUCCGCGGUUGCUUUGUUUCGGCGUCUCUUCUCAUCUCUUUUCUGCUGGUUUGGGGGGAGCUCGUUGUUUGCAUUUAGUUCUCCGGAGAUAAUGCGUAUAGUCGCGCACUUUUUUACAUCCCACAGCUCAAGGACUUUAUUUUUGGGUAUUUUGUUUAAUUCCAUGUCUGGGUGAUUGCUUAAAUUCAUGUUUCGGUGUUUUGUGUAGGUUGAAGCUCUGGCGUGACAAGCAUAUCGUGUUCUUAACUAGGGGUUUGAAACAGCUGGGGCCAAGCUUUCAUGUCCUCGAUGCCAAGCAAGUUCGACGCAUCGCUUUUUCCUCUUCUUUCCCGCGCUUUUUUUUCUGUGAUUGGUCGACGGGUCCUUGCUAUGUCUGACUAUUUUUGUACAAUUCGCCGUGAGCCUUUGAAUUAGUUUAUCUCAUAGAUCCUUACUCUUCUUCUAAUUGCUCCAGUCGUCCUUGGUUGUGCUACUGGAUUCUGCACUCACUUGCCUUGUUGGGAGAGUCCGUGGAUUCAGAGAUCGAGAACAAUGUGGUGGAUUUCUUAUCCCGUUGUCAGGUAUUGAAUCUCUCACGCUCAACUUCUCUUCUCAUUCAAUGUCAGCUGCCAGUUCAGUUACAGGUCGAUCGACUUAGAUUAAUCAUCAGAUGACUCUGGUAAUGCUGCUAUUUUACAUGACGGGGCGUUGAUUAUUGUUCACAAAGUUUUUAUAUGGGUAUUGAUGAAAUGUGCCAUCUUCUUAUCCCUGUUGUUUGUUGAAUCAGCAAAGAAUCAAUGGGAAGAAAUGAUAUAAUUUUUGGACUUGUAAUGGAAUGCUCACCGUAGUGAAAUACCGGAAGGUUAUAAUUUAUGAUGAAUUAUUGGGAAACAUAUUGCCUCAUAUCCAGCUCGAUGGCCUACAAUGUACCUCAACUCUGUCAAACUGUCGAAUCACUUAAUUGGCAAUGUUAACUGUGGUGAUUUUGAUUUUCUUUGCAGGACAGUGAAGGAGGAUAUGGUGGUGGACCUGGUCAGGUUUGAUUCUUCAAAACUGUGUUCAGCGUUUUCCUCCUUUGUUAGGAAUGCUUCAACUUUAAGUAUGGGCGCGAACUAUGAUUGAAGAUGUGAAAUCAGUUCAUUUAUUUUGUUCUCAUCGAGCCUUCAUGAAUGGUUGUGUCAGUUGCCUCAUCUAGCCACAACAUAUGCCGCUGUAAACUCCCUUAUUACGUUGGGAACAGAGAGGGCCUUGUCAUCAAUAAAUAGGUGGUCAUUUUUACUUUAUUAGUAUCUUUUUAUGAAAAUAUUCGCUCAUUUUAUGAUUUAUACAAGCUUAUCAGAUAAUUUUCCAUAUUUCAGACAUAAAAUACACUCAUUUUUAUUGCGAAUGAAGGAUCUCUCCGGGGGCUUUAGGUGAGAUUACUUACACUUUGAAUACUCCUUGCCUAGUAUACACGUUCAUCAUCUUAGCAUUGUCUUUGAAAGUCUUUCACGUGGCACGUUUUUCUCUUAGACAUCAGUCAGGGAAAGGGAAUCAAUGAUAUGAAAGUCUUAUUUGAUUUAGGGAUUUCACGGUCUACCUAUUUCUUUCUUUUGCAGUUUAAGAUAACAUUUUUAAUGAUAGGCAUUAUUGGCCAUAAUUAAUCUUAUGUAGAAGAUCUUUAUCUUAUACAACACAGAAACUUCUUGUAUUUGGGACACAAAGCUUGGAGGGUUUGUUUUAAUAUGUCCGAACCAUGUACUUGAAGAUUUUUUUUUCUUGAUAAAAUUUAAAUUUGCGUCAUAUUAUCAGAUUUGUCUGUGAGAAAAUUUGGUACCAUAUCAUAUCAAUAGAAUAGGAUUCUACUUAUUUACGACCUACUGGGCAAUACACCAUUACGUCACCAUAUCAUUUCAUGCAAUGGAAUUAAUGCCUUUGCUUCCGUUGUGGCUCAUUCCCAAAUGGAGAAGUUAGAAUGAUUAACUGAAUUGACGAAGAAACAUCUUCAAUAACCGUUCCAUCUUCUCCGUGUUGGAUUUCCAUUCUUCCACUAUAACUAUGGUCCAUCUUCUCUCGAUCAUUUGUCAUCAUCCAGAUAUGAGACACUUCUGUUUUCCCUAUGGCAACCCUGCAUCAUCUGCCUCAAAACAAGCAGAUGCCUACAUUUUCCUACGCUUGAUAGAUUUACUGAGCACCAGUAAAAUACAUCUUACCCUUAGAAAAUGCCGUAGAUGGCUAUUUAGAAGGAACUUACCAACAUAACAUUUGCUGUGUGGAAAUUGAAUGCCUAUACGCUUUAUUUGAUCCUUGUUUUAUUCUCAAGAAGAGGAUGGCCCAUACUUUUUGUCUUACAGCUAAUUGGGCUGCGGUGCUAGUUUACUCAUUUUAGCCUGUCGAAAAUAACAACUCAAUUAGCUGUCUAAAAUAACUGCUAAUUGGGCUGUGGUGCUGUCAGGUACAUCGCCCUUCCAAGAUAAAAGUCUGAUUUUACCUCUCUUGUGAAGUGAUAUGGCUAUGCACUGGCCUAUUUUAUUUUUAUAAAUUGUCACUCGGAACUUAACUGUACCAGAUUCUGGGCUCAUCUAUUUUUUAGAUAACUUCAAAUAACCCACUUUACAACUGCUUUAAGCAAUUAUUAGUUAUUGCUAACCUUGGUGGGUCCACCAACUCAAAACCUAACCCAGUGGCAAUGAGUGAAGUAGGUUAAUCUUUAUUAUUAAUUUGUAAUCAUCGAAGUGUGAGCAUUCUUAACAUUCCCUCUUGUUAGACCCAAUUUGCUGUCAUUGUCAUGUAUACACUGUAGAGGAGUUGCAUGUGGUCUAAGAGCAAUCCUUGGGUUUGACAUCUUGUUAAGGUAAUCUGGUUAUCUAGUUCAAAGUGAUUAGGAAGGAAGUAUCCUUAUUUUUUAAAUCAUAUAUUUGCUGUUAUCGUAGUUAAUAAGGGAUCAUUCUUAGUAAUUAAUUAAGAAUGUUCUUGAUCCUAUCCAGCAAUCUUUUACAUUUUUCUCCUCAUGUGUUGAGUAUGGCUACUAUGGAUACCUUAAAUUUAUUCGCUUGAUCUGAAAGCAUCAUUCACUUUACUAUUAAAAUCUAAGAGAUAUGAACUUGAUUUAUACAAUUUUUAUCCAUUCGCCUUUUGAAAACGAACUCACGAGAUAUGCACUCUCAUCCAAUAACGAGUUUUACUUUAUUUUCACUAGAAUGCAUGAUGGAGGAGAAAUUGAUGUUCGGGCUUGCUAUACAGCAAUUUCUGUGAGUCAUUUCUAUUGCUAAUCUUUGUCAUUGUGUCAUAGGUUUUCUUACCUAUAUUUAUAGCCUGUUUUAAAAUAUAUUAUUCCUACUGUUGCUCAUACCUAUACUUUGGGCUGAUGUAUCUUACUCACGAGUAUCUGUUUUGGACAUUGCUUGCAUAGAAUAUUCGUUGACAGGAUAUACUGGGUUCGGGACUGUAACUCUCAUUGUUAUGUACUAAUAGCUGACCCGUCAUUAAGUGAUUUGUGUCCUUGUCACGUGAUGAUAAAUUGUUUCCUCUUCUUUACGAAUGGUUCUAGGGCAGAAGUUUCCAUCGUAAUUAGACAAUUUUAUGAGGGCAUAAUUUUCCGUUUCUUCGUUUCUGUAUUUUCUUUCUUGAAGAAGCUAUUUGCUUGUGUUAUAAGACAAUUAGAAAGGCAAUAUCAGUUUGAAUUGGGAUUUCCUUGGAAAAUUAGCAUCGUCUGGUCGUUAGUGGUGCGGAUUUCAGAAGGAAAAAACAUAGGCUCAUCAAAUACCAGUUUUCUCAGACAUCUCCAACAUAUGAUAUUAAGUUGCAAGAUUCUGACAAAAUUUGAUAUGGUACAUUUUCAGGCAUCUCCAGCAAAAAAAAUCGUUCUAUCCACACAAAAUCUCUUAAGAAAAAUUCAACCCAUCCAUUACACAAUGAAUGAGGUUUCCAAUGUGGCGUCUUCUACUGGAGUUUUGUUUCUAUCCAGUUCAAUGACAUCUUUGACGUCUAAAUGAACUCCCUACCAUGUGUAUCUGACCUGUUAUAUCAGGUCGGUAGAAGGGACAAUAAUGUUAGCCUCACAAUUUCCAUAACUGAUACGUCCAUCCUCCCAUGUUUGAUCUUCUAAUGUUAAUGUUGUCUAGUUGCUUGAAAUGCAUUUUGUGAAUGGAUGUUUGCAAAGGAAUUCAUCUUUCUUCUUUCUUCCUGGUGUAUAGAUAAUUGGAUACGAUAGGAUGCUGAAUGCCUCAUUGAUAUCACGAACCGCAUUGUUGAUGAAACUUAAUUCUCACUGGGUUUUUCGUUUUAGAGGCUUGUUUUGUAAGGAAAUAAGUUUCGGACUGAUGGGUUCUCCUACCCCAUUCUUUUGGGCUCAAGUGAUGGUAAUCAAUAAGUUAUUCCUAGGAAGAAUUACACUCUGAUUCAAUCCUUGCAUAUUUGAUUAACGGAGAGGGAGAAGGAGCCUUGUGAGAUGAAUAAACUCUUAAUAGAUUGAGCUUUUCAUUCCGUUUCCCUAGCUUUAUGUGGAGCUAUGCAUGUCUAAGUCCUUGAUAUCUGAUCUAAAACUAGUACCUAACUGCUAAAAUUUGGCUGGUCGUAGAAUAGCCUGAGAUUAGUAUCUGCAGGAUAGACAGACCAAGGAACAGCAAAGUCUGCAACGGAUUGGUAAAGAAAUGAAUGAUAGACGGAAAUAGAUGCCCAGCCCAGCUACUGAGUUAAUACACUCUGAAUCUAAGACGUUCUGGUAAAUAGGGAUCCAUCGUAUUCAACUUUUUUUUAAUGGAUGCCUUUAGUUCCUAUUAGAUCAGAUAUUUGUUCUGUUAAUAAAAAAUAAUUUUUGGGUAUCUUCAAGCAUUGUUUGCUGGUUUGUGAUUGCUGUUGAUUUCAUAUGUUCCAUUCAUUCGGGAGAAUCAAUACAUUCUGUUUUCAGUUCAUGAUCCAUUUGCUGCUUCGCAUAACCUCUAUGAUCCUGCUUCGUAUUUCAUCUAGGUUGCUAGCUGCUUGAACAUUUUAGGCCGGGAACUCGUGGAGGAUGUUGGGAAUUACAUUUUAAGGUUCGUUGCAUUAUUUUCAUUAACAAUGACUUCGCAGCUAAAACAAGUAGAUUUUGCGACAUGUAUUUUCCAUUUGCGUUAUUUUUUAUUGAGCUAGAAAAAAGGCAAUCAAAAUGCAUAAUCAAUGCUGGGCGUUCAAUUAGAAUCCCUUACACCUAUACUUUUUUGCCAUUUUUAUGGGUUCAUAAAAAAAAUUAUGACAAUGCAAGUGGCUACGAUCUACAAGUUCCCAUUGGAGACUCGGGUUUGCUUCAUGGUAACGCUAUGAUGGUGAAAUUUGAAACUCCUACAUACAGCAUACACAAUCAUGGAGCAUACACGCUCCAAACUACACACAUCCAUGGAGCUGCUGUACUCCGCCUCGAAUUUCUCUAUCAUCAACAAACGUUGGUCAACUGAAGUAGAAUUCCAAUAACUUUUAUGGGUAAUAUGCAUAUUCCUGUGUCAGUAUUUACCCUUGAUUGGGUGAUAGUCUUGCUGUGAUUUUUUUGUUGCGUAUUGUGUUUUCUUUCGACUUUGGUGUACAGAGCAGUAUGUUGGGACUCGAGGCUCUGAGAAUUUCAGAAUUGUGUCUUCUUACUUAAUGGUUCUAAAUCUAAUGAGAUGGUUAGAUUUUCUCAAUAUUUGUUGUUAUUUUCUUUAUUUGGUGUUAAAUUGAGUUAACACCUGUGUCGAUUUUUUAGCUGUCAGACAUAUGAAGGUGGUAUUGCUGGGGAGCCUGGUUCUGAAGCUCAUGGUGGGUAUGUUUCUGUUCUGCAGUAGUUCCUUCAGCUUGAUCUACUUUCAUCAGUAUCAUUGUGUUAUCUUUUAAAUCCCUUUCUUUGCAAAGCAUUGUGCUGUGAAAGGUUAGAUUCUCAAUUUUCUUCAUAUUUUCCUCUCUAUCUGGUCUUGACUUAUUGUUUGAUUCUCUUGUCUGUAGGUACACGUUUUGUGGAUUGGCUACUAUGGUCCUUAUUGGCGAGGCGGAUAAGUUGGAUCUACCUACCCUUAUUGUGAGCAGAUUUUUAAUCUACUUGAAUGUUGGAAGAAAUAUUGGAUAUAAGUUUUUUUUCUUCAGAUGUUAUUUGCCCUGGCAUAUGUGGGAUUCUUCAACAUAGAUGACAAUGAAUUUGUGCUAGUGUCAUAUGCUGUUACUAACUGGUGGUUGACAACGAGUGCCUGAAAGCGUGUCGUCCAUAAAAUCUCACUCUGCCCCCUAAAAUGACAUUCUAUUCUAAUUUUACUUAGUAGCUGCAUGUGGGGCAUACUAAAUCAAGUUAAUGUAAAGUGAGUUUAAUGUUUAAUAUUUGCCCUUUUCAUCUACGUUCAAGAGACUUGUUACUUCGUUCAGGAGUAUUUGGGCAAUUGAAAAGUUCCUGUAUGUGAAAAAAAGGCCAUCAUCAUCAUCAUCACAUAUGUGGUGUUGAACUUCCAUGAAAUAUCACACUGACAAAUGAGAGUGCUCUGGGGAUUUUUUUUGAGAUGGUGUGGGCAUGUGGAAAGAAGAAUGUUGGAUGAGCAUUGGAGAAACCUUCGUUUUUGUGAGAGAAUUCGAAAUGGAACAGAAAGGAAGUAACAAGUUAUGAAAUUAUGGUCAUUGAAUAUCAAUGUUAUCUGUGACUGGGUAGCACGACCAAAGAAUGUUCGUCUUUAUCGCACUAGAGGGGCUUGGAUAAUGCGUAGAGAACCUUGAAUCUGCUAGCAUAGAAGUUGGAAACUUAGCAUAGAAGGAGCUGUGUAGACUAUGUAAACACUACUUGAGAGCAAUAUGCACAAUGCUUUAGUUUCCCUCUGAUUCGUGUUCAAGGUAGGGUGAGAAGUGACAUUGAAGAGUAGGGGGCUGAGGCAACCGACUGGAUCUCUGUCAAUCCUAUCAUUACUGCCCCUUCUUUGCAGCUUCAUGGUUUAUUUGCGUUGACUGAUUGGUGCCUCUGAUUUUGCCGCUGUUUCUUCUUGCUUUGACAAAUUGAUGGGUUUGCCUUCAGUCUACCAUGACCAGUCGAUGUUAUAAAUUAUGAACUGGAAGUUGAUCAUUACAACUCGUUUCCUUUCACUUCUAGGCCCUUAUCAUGAGAUGUUCCUUUCUCACCUUUUGCAUUUCUUCUUUGCCUUCCUGACACAAUUCUCUCAGCAUCUGAACUAGUACAGAGGUAAACAUGUGGAAAAGUAUGUUUUCCUUGGUACGCUGUCUCAUUGGUUUCUAUUUCUAUUUUUGACAAGAUUGUUUAUUUGGGCAUCCCUAUUUUUCUAGAAAGUAUCUUGCACUCCCUCAGAAAAAGCAACAAUCUUAACCUUGAGUAGCCACUCUCAAAAUUAUUUUUUCCUCCAAAAAAUUUCCUCUUCAAACACUUAUUUCUUAUUUUCAGCUGCUGAAGCAUUUUAAGUUUUGGCCGUCUUAAUAAAAGGGUAACGUUGUCAUUAGGAUUUUUAUUAGCUUUCCUUUCGUAACUUUUCUAUUUAAACACUAUUUAAUAUCAUACGAUGAAGACCAAAGACUACCAGCUCUCAAUAUUGGUGAAUUACUUCCCUUCUGUAGCGACCUCUGUUGCCUUGAAACAUUUUGUCCUACUUUCCAAAUAGGGUUUAACUGUUUUAAUUUUCCAAUGAUGAAAUAUGUUUUUUCUUGUUUUUUUAUCUAUUUCCAGCAUAAAAUACGAAAGAAACAAGAAAAUUUUCCUCCAUGAGAAAUGUUGGUCUCUUUCUCAGUUUUCAGGACGAGGUUGAUGAAAUGAUGUGCGUCUCGUUGUGGCUCUCGUUCAUUAAUAAACUCCCGAAAAUCUCCAAUGCAAGAGCAUUUUACCAAUAGAUGUCACUUCCAUCCCUUUCUUCAUACUUAUUGAUGUACAUCAACUUGAAUUCUGCCAGCAAUAGAUAUAUGAUGUUUCGGAAAGAAUAUUCGUAUUUUCAUCUGAAGACAGGUUUGUGAGGUAUGUACAUCAAGCCCGGGCUUAGGGUCAACGGUUUUUGAACAGUGAAUUAAGCCCAACAUUGAUCUCGUAUUGAACCUAUGCAGAAGCCAUUAACUUCUCUGGAGGAUCAUCACUUUUUUCCCGUUUUAGGAAAACUGAAGCUUUUCCCACAGAUUCUUUUAACAACCUACGACAAUCACCUCAGCGACUAAUGACCCUUAUUUUUUGUGCAAACUGUUUAUUUGAUACUCAUAUUUUAUGUGUGUGACUAUGGUGGGCAUCUGACCACUAGAUUGAAACAUUGUUCACAGCUGGCAUCAUGGGUGUUUGUUGAUUUAUGUGAGCAAAUUUUUUGCCUUGAAGAACAGUAACAGUUACAGUGAUUUUGUACUUAUGCUUUUCGGGUCUCAAAGGAGAUAAGUUGAUGACAGUCGAAAGAUGGGUGACGAAUUCCUAUUCAAUAAGGGGGCUGAUUUCAGGUGAAGGACACAAUAUUGCUGCGUUCCCUUUUCUAAAAUGUUGGGUUUAGGGCCCUGGUUGCAUUAGGGUUUAGAGUGGAGUAAAGAUUUAGAGCUGCCUUUCAGUAGAAUUGGAUAUUAAACUUCAGAAGUUUGUUCCCGCUGAUAUUGUAAACUGACCCGACUAGGCUAACGCAUUGGAUAGUGGAACAUAAUUGAGCUGGAUGCAUUUCUAGGAUCUUUUUAGUUCUUUUCUUAGGUCAUGAAGCUUCUUCGUACCUUCUUUCUUCUCUCUUUUCUUUAUUUGCGUUGAGCGGUGGAGGAAUCUACCUGUUGACAGACGUGCACUUUCCCCCUCUUUCCAUAUAAGAAACGACCACGCAAUUGCCAUUUCAGCUCGGCAAUAACUAGUGCAACAUUGCUGCUAUGACAUAACCAUGGCUAACAAACCAUUCCAUGAAGUCCAAGCGAGAAAAAGAGAAGGGAAGAGACAAUGUCAGAUCUUUUAUAUGAAGCUGAUGGAAGAGGGGUACACAGUUGAUUUUUACUGUUUAUACAGACACCAUUGUUACAGACCUUUUUGAGUUGCUGUGGGAUUGCAGAGCCUAUUGAUCUUAUGCCAAGUUCCCACUAUCACUAUAAAUACUGUAUUUAGGGAUAUUAAUAGUGCACACUGUUGGAAGAGGGGUAAGAUAAUCGAUCCAGUCUUAAAAUUGAGUUGAAUGAGAAUGAUAGUGAUAUUUGCCAAUAUCAAUAAUUGAAGCUUCUAUGCAUAUAGUCUCAUAGGAUUCGUCCUAAGCUACCUGUGUCUCUGUGUAGGACUGGGUGGUUUUCCGUCAAGGAGUGGAAUAUGGAUUUCAAGGCCGGACAAACAAACUUGUUGAUGGCUGCUAUUCUUUCUGGCAGGUGAUGGUCUUUUGAAUCGUAUGUUAUUUAUUGGUUCACUCUUGCGAUCAUUGAUUUAAAAUAUAAUUUUAUCAGGGAGGUGCUCUGGCAGUUGCACAAAGGUUAUUAUCAUUUGUGGAUGAACAGUUGAAGUCAUCCUUUCUUGAAGGAAAGAAAGUCGCGAAAAACAAUUGCAGUACUUCAUCUCCGUACAUGUCAGAAGGGGAUUCUGAUCUAGAUGAGCAUCCAUGUGGAGAUCAUGAAACCAGUAGCAAAAGUAUUGAGGGUAGGUUCACAAUAUAAUUCAAUUUGAAGCAAUAAUACCCUUUACAAAAGUACAUUAAAGACCUGAAUGAGCUAUUAUUAAAAAGGCAAGGGCUAUUAUUUUAUGGUGCUCAUUUUCAUCUGACGAAUGUCUUAUGAGCACAGGUCAAUUUUCAGAUAUUGGUUUUUAUUUCCUCGAGAGAGAAAGUGGAUGGGGAUCUCUAUUCCAUAGCGCUGCUUUGCAGCAGUACGUCCUCCUACACUGUCAGGUACAUUGAAAACUUUCCCGUCUUGCCUGCUCCCUGUAUGAAUAUACAUACAUUGACAUGAUCUUAUCACCGAUGCUGAUAUGUUUUUUUGUCAUCUAUUACAGCAGGGUUUACAGUUAUAUUUGCUGUGAUAUUGUGAUCAAGUGGAAUUUUUAGUUUUUUUUAAUUCGUUAAUUUCAGAGUACUACCUAUCUGAAUGCUGUUUGGCACGAUAGUCUGAGAUCAUAUCAUUGGUUCUUGGAAAGCUGAAAUAAAAAGAACGCAUUCAGAACUAUAGCUUAAUCUCUCAUCGGCAUCAAUUCCCUUUUAUGGCCCGUUGAAAUCCUUCUCAUCACGCCUUCAAUCUGGUGCUGAUACUGUCUUUUGUAGAACUUCGGGUUCUAUAUGUUCGGAUCACGCUAUGACAAAAGAAUGUAAGAACUUUAUUUUUUCGCCAAUCUGGAGACUUGUUAGGCGUGCCUUAUGUUCUUCAGAAAAUACAAAGCAAACUUUGGCUCUGUGCAUAUUGCCAUAUGUUUAAAGAACCCGCAUGAAUUACAGCAUCACAUAGUCGUUGAACUUUGAUGUUUAAUGGGCUGCAUGUAUUUAGUAUGAAGCUGCAUCUUUGAUCUUACAGAUCACUUCCCUUUCUUGAAAGAAACCACCGCCCGUUAUCGUCCUAAUGGACAUCACCAGCUGGUCAAAAUCACAACAAAUAGCGAUGAAGCCCCUUUCAAUUCAUGUUUUAAUAUAUACGUCUGUGAGGUCAAAAGAAUGGUUUUACUGUCAUAUGGUUUCAGUUGAUUGGUGGAUAAUAUCCCUUGUGUGCUCUGAAAUAACUAAGAUUUGGAUUAACACAGGUUCCAGAGGGGGGUUUCAGGGACAAGCCCGGCAAGCAGAGAGAUCACUACCACUCAUGCUACUGUCUGAGCGGUCUAUCUUUGUGUCAAUACAGCUGGUCCAAGAAUGUGAACGGCCCUGGUUUGCCAAUGACUGUCCUGGGUCCAUACGCUAAUCUGCUGGAGCCUGUUCACCCCCUUCACAAUCUUGUUCUGGACAAGUACUACAAUGUCCACGAGUUCUUCUCCAAAGCAUGA